AUGGCGAGCCAUGAGGAGCUGGAAGAGGGAUCAAAAUUGCAGCUGGACUGGGAGAAGCUCAAGAAGGUGGCUUUGUGUGAGUCGUCGGUGAUUCCCGUUGCCGUACAAAAUGUCGACUCUCGAGAGGUUCUCAUCGUGGCUUUCGCAAAUGAGAAGGCUUUCCUGGAGGCUCUCAAGCGGAAAGUUUGUGUUCUCUGGAGCACAUCUCGGAACAAGCUGUGGAUAAAGGGCGACACAUCUGGCGAUGUACUUGAUCUCGUGGAAGUUCGUGUGAACUGCGAGCAAAAUUCUCUGCUGUACCUCGUCCGUCCCAGGAGAUCCGGGGCAUGCCACACAAAGGGGCCAGACGGAUCAUCGCGGCCGUCUUGCUACUAUCGGAGAAUCACUCAUGCAGGGCACGAGGUCGAGGAAGGAGGCGUCGGAAGUGAAGAAAGCGGAGAAAAGGCCAAGAAGGAAAAGGACGAGGCCGCCGAGGCCGCUGAGGCGGCCGGGGCCAUGUCCAUGUCUUUGGCAUCUUUGGCCUUGGAGCACUGCGCUGAUGCUAGAUGA